AAAUGAAAGAGAGAUGAGCGCCCUGCGGUCUACAAGCAUCUCAUCCAGACGAGCAGCAAUCGCGACAUCACCCUGUUGGCGUUAUGUCCCUCUGACGUGAAACAGCCCGGUCCGUUUACUGCACAUUUAUGUCUCAGUUUGGAGGAUUCAUUUGGAGCUGUUUGUUGUUAGAAUGUAUCCAGGAGCGCGUCAUCUUCCUCUCGACGCUGUGCAGUCCUCCCUGUGUGUGUAUCUGUUAGUUGUCCUGCUCAGUGUGGAGGCUACUGUAUCUGAAGGCGCUGUUUACAAUGGAGACAAUAACCAGGGUUCUGUGAGGAGCAUCCUCCAGCAAGUCCAGAGUUAUGAGAUUACUUCUCCCACAUGGCUGCAUCCUCACAGACACAGGAGGUCUGCCAACAAAGAGAACCCUGCAGAAGUACAAGUACGGAUCACAGCUGAGGGCCAGGAGCUCACACUACACCUGGAGAAAAAUGAGCAGCUGUUGGCCCCUGGAUAUCAGGAAAUAUGGUACACUCCUGAUGGAGCCCGCAAGUCCUCCUCUCCUGUCAACACUGGACACUGUUUCUACCAUGGAGAGGUUUUGGGUCUGGAAGGCUCAACCGUUGCUGUUAGUACAUGCUCAGGACUCAGGGGACUGAUUUCUCUGAACACAAGCGUCAGCUACCUGAUAGAGCCCCUUCCUGGCUCCACAGAUGCACAGCAUCAGCAGCAGCAUGCUGUGUUCAGAGCCGAGAGUCUCCAUCUACCCGAAGGAAGGUGCCUGCAUCACCAUAGUAACACGGGACAUGAGGAGGGGCUUAAUGACUUCAUCCAUGGAAUGAUGUCACUACAGAGCAGAAGGGAAAAAAGGGACCUGAGCAAGAACAUGAAGUAUGUGGAGCUGCUGAUGGUGGCAGACAAGGCAGAGUUUGAGAAGCAUGGGAGUAAUCUUGAGAAGACCAAACUGAAACUACUGGAAGCGGCCAACUUGGUUGACAAGUACUACAAGGCUCUCAACAUUCGCGUUGCAUUGAUUGGUCUGGAGGUUUGGACCAGCCAGGACUUGAUCAGCGUCUCAGACAACCCUCACAGCACUCUGGCAGCUUUCCUGUCUUGGAGACGCAAGCAGCUCGCUACACUCCCCAACGACAACGCUCAGCUUAUCACGGGGAGGGGGUUCCAAGGCACCACCAUUGGGCUGGCACCUCUCAAAGCCAUGUGCUCCGACUACCAGUCGGGUGGAGUGAACACGGACCACUCAGAGUCAGCUGUGGGUGUAGCAGCCACCAUGGCCCAUGAAAUGGGCCACAACUUUGGUAUGAACCAUGACAGCGCAGGCUGCUGCCAGGCAAGGGCUGAUGACGGAGGAUGUAUCAUGGCUGCUGCUACAGGGCAUCCAUUUCCGCGUGUGUUUAAUGGCUGUAACCUGAAGGAGCUGAAGAACUACCUGAACUCUGGAGGAGGAAAGUGUCUCUUCAACUUGCCAAACACCAGAGCCAUGUACGGAGGGCAGCGCUGUGGCAAUGGUUACCUAGAAGACGGAGAAGAAUGUGACUGUGGAGAGGAGGAGGAGUGUACCAGUCCCUGCUGUAAUGCUAAUAACUGCACACUGAAAGCAGGAGCUCAGUGUGCACAUGGCAUCUGCUGUCAUGACUGCAAGCUGAAGAGCCCAGGUGUGCUGUGUCGUGCUCCCUCUGGGCCGUGUGAUCUAGCAGAGUUCUGUGAUGGAAAAGCAGAGACCUGUCCCGCUAAUUUUUAUUUAGUGGAUGGUACCUCAUGUGCAGGAGGGCAGGCUUACUGUUAUACUGGCAUGUGUCUGACCCUGGAGCAGCAAUGUCGCUCUCUCUGGGGACGAGACGGCCGAUCAGCUCCUGACCUGUGUUUCAAGAAGGUGAAUGAAGCUGGAGACAUGUAUGGGAAUUGUGGUAAGGAUCUGUAUGGGAAAUACAGGAGCUGUAAGGAGAGUGAUGCUACAUGUGGGAAGAUCCAGUGUUUAACCUCCGCCUCAAAGCCCAUUGGGAACCAUGCUGUUCGCAUAGAAACCACUGUCAGUGUGGGCAACAAGAAGCUCCACUGUAUGGGAACACAUGUGUACAAACCUGGGCAGGGAGAUGAGGAGGCACAGGGUGACACUCUGGACCCUGGCCUGGUCAUGACAGGCACAAAGUGUGGUGUGGACUCUAUCUGCUUUAAUGGAGAGUGCCGCAAUGCAUCUUUCCUCAGAGCUGAUGAGUGCAAUGCCAAGUGCCACGGACGUGGGCUGUGCAACAAUAAUCACAACUGCCACUGUGACGCCGGCUGGGCCCCUCCAUUCUGUUACCAGAGGGGGUCAGGGGGUAGUGUGGACAGUGGACCUGUCAUCAGCCACAGUAACCUCCUUCCAGUCCUGGUGGUGCUCCCUCUGGUUCUCUUUGUGGUUCUGGCUGCUGUUGGACUGUGGUGCUGUUACAAACACAAACUCCAACCAAUGAAAACCUCUGCUCCACCCCCAGUGCCAACUUGUUCAGUCCCAGUCGAGAGCAAGCCUCUUUGUGCUGACGGUCAUGUGAACGGUCACACCAAUCCAACGUUCUUGCUGAAGAAACAAGACUCAGACCACCUGGUAAAGUCAUCCCCUCGUCCGAGCCCGUCUUGCCCGACUCGGUCCAGAAAUGCUAUCGUGCGUCCAGCAGUGAAGCCUCCUCCUGUACCUGCGUAUGCUCCAGAGCAGAAAGAGAUCAAGUCAUCAGAUCCCUCUCAAAGACAGCACUCUCCUCAGGGUUACACUUCACCUCCUUUUAAAUCUGUGCAGCUGAAAGAGCCGAAACGAAACCAGGCUCCUCCACCACCCUCAGGACCUCCAUGUUUACCUCCCCAAGACACCAAAACCCAAUCACAGCAUUCAGCAGCAAAGACAACCAGACCAGAUCCCCCAAACAGACCUCCACCACCAUGUCCUGUAAACAAGCCAUCAGAACCCCAUCAAACAAAAGGCCUACAGAUUACUACCAGUGCUCUGCAAAGAGGAAAAGCUGCUUUGGCGCCAUCUGCUGGACAGAAAAAGCCAAACAGAACCUAAGAACUCAGGGAGACGUUGGGGACCAUCACCAUCAUCAAUUAAGACACUGCCUCAGAUAGUCUUCUUGAUUAUUAGCAGCUGAAAAAUGUGGCAUUUUGGAAGACAAUGAAUACUUAACACAAUGUGGAUUAAAAAGUAUUUGCAUUGAUGUUAUUAGGAGGGAAAGGGUUACAUUUGAUCAAGUCAUGGUACAUAUCAGUAGGAGAACGUUUUAAGUAGUACUCUUUAAGUUAAGGCUAACUUAAUGUUGUUUUUUUUUACCUUAUGUGUCUUCUUUGACAGCUUCAAACAGCCAGAGCUGAAGAACUUUUUGUUUUUACCAUCCCCAGAGUUAAUGUAAAUGUGAAAUAAUUCAAAGUCUGCUGCAGUGUUUAAUCACUGUUAGGGAGUAUUUAUUCACAAAGAAAUGAAUGUUUACAAUGUGGUCUAUGUUCUAAACAUGGUGCAUCUUAAAGAGCAUUAGAUGUAAAGGGAUGUCUUAUAUUAAGAAAAGAUGCCAGUACUGAAAUUCUUUCACUUCUUAUGUUUGAAAAGAGGGGGGUAUUAACAGGAUUAUGAGAACCUGUGAAAUCCCUUCAUGCAUGCUGUCAGGGUAUGCAUUAAUUAAGAGGUAGAAAUCAGCUGCAGGAUUUUAAAUGUUUUUUUAUUUUAAUGAUUUUAUAAUGUUGUAGUUUUGCACUUUAGGCAAUCUUAUUAAUUAUCCAGUCCUCUGUGAAGGUGUUUUUCCACAAAUUGCCAACUCGUUUUAAUCACUACUGUGAGGUAGUAUCAAUAAGAUAAAGAUUUUAAAUGAAAUGUCACUUUAAGAUCACCAUUCAAACCCACAAUAACUUCAUUUAUGUGUUGUCACUAACAAUUGCUGAUAUACUUGUCUAAGCCCAUCACUUGUAAUAAAGAACACAAUUAAGCCAUAAUUAAUCAACAUGUAAUCAGUUCAACAUCUCAAAAUUGCACCAUGAAUGUAAAUCAGUUUGCAUGGUUUUCCAAAGAUGUCACUAAAACUGUUCCUUUAUGACCAAAAUGCUAUAAAGGCAAUGAUUGUAUGUAACUGUGGGCAAUGUAACGCUGAUAACAUUGACAUUACUGUAUGGUACUGUUGAAAAAUCCAUUUGACUACUUGCGGGAUAACCUUGUUUUAUCUGUAAUAUGGAAAUGCAGUGUGCCGGCUGCCAUGUUUCACCUUCUUGCCAGAACUAUGCAAACCCUGACACUGUGCAACACCGUGUCUUCAACAGGAAUUCAAGUAAUCAUGUGGAAAAAUAAAAACAUGUUAUACAUUUUAA